UGACAAACUUUCUUCUUCAAUGAAUCAAUUAACUUAUCAUCUAAAAACCUUCUUUCUCUGUAAUGAUCCAGAAAAUUUUUCAAUGAAUGGAAAAAAAAAAUUCCAUUUGAGUAGUUUAUGAUCCUUCCCUUUUCUGCUAUGGUCCAUAUGGGACACCACAUAGCACAAAAGUUUUAGCUUUCUUUUUCAUUUUUGUUUAAAAUUAGAUUUUUUUUCAGCUACCAAAACUAUGCUCCAUAUGUUAAUUCUCAUCUGGGUUAUCUUUGAAAGCACCUCAGAAGUUUUAGGAUCAAUCAACUCAUAUUGCCCACAUCAUCAUCUUCAACAAUUCGAUCGAAAGUUCGAGCUAAAAACGGAUAGAUUUUGGAAGUUCCAAGAGCAUUCAAACAAGUGGGUUGAAGUAGAACUUCCUUAUGAUCUUACCACUUGUAGAAAUGGUAAUUGCACCAAGGUUGGACAGAUCAAUAACAGAUUGGAGAAGAUGGAGAAACAGUAUGACGGUUUCCAGCAGACCAAGAAGUCGGAAAAAGUGAAGGAAGUAGAGAAGUUUCACGUUGAUUUGACUUUAAGAAAAAGAGUGUCAUUGACUAAAAUUUCAGAUAUGUCUAUUUGGAUCACUGGUGAAAGUGGGUCAAUAUAUGAGAGGUUUUGGAAUGGAGUUCAAUGGGUAAUAGGUCCUCAUGAUUUGCCAAUAUCAGCAGGUCUUGCUGUCUCCAUUUUUGGUGUCAAUCACUCAAUUCUAGCUCUUUCUGAAGCAGGAAUUUUGUAUCAGUUGCAGAUCAAUGAUGGUUCCCAACCAAUUUGGGUUGAAUUAAUACCAACAACUGAUCAAACAACUAGUGAAGAACAUGCCUCUCCAGUCCAACUAUUGGCUGGUGUUGUUUCUCAUGAUGGAAUGAGAGUUUAUUUCACUACAAAGAAUGGAACUCUGCUAGAACUAACUGAGCUCGAGCCUCCAAGAUGGGUAGAUCACGGCCAGCCCCGCGACGCCAAUGUUGCAGCAAUAGCAGAUGUUGCUAGUUUCAGAACAGAAAUUGUGUAUACAAUAAGCUCUGUGGGAGAUCUCUAUGAAUAUGAUAGGAACUCAAAGCCUCUGUGGAAGAAGCAUGUAUGGAAAGAUAGAGCAGCACGAGAUCUCCGAUUGAUUCCAUCGCGGGGUUGCUAUAUACAUAGCUUGAAUGGAGAUCAUUCCAUAUCCCUCUUUCUUUUAACUAAGGAUGGUACUUUGGUAGAAAGAAGAUUGAACAAAAGGAAAUGGAAAUGGAUUGUCCAUGGAAGACCAAAAGAUCAUCAACUAACAUCAGUUUUACCAGCCCUUCAAGAUGAAACAAAUGAGAAACUUUUCUCGCUGUUUCUCACCACGUCUUCUGGUUUCGUUUUUGAAUAUCGAACGAAUAUUCAUCCAGCAGGUCAUGGUCAGGAGGAAGAAACACCAGAUGCUUGGGUAAACCACAAGCAUCCCUUGAAUGCAAAAGCUGCAAGAGGUAUUGGUGGUUUACAGUUUCAAGUCGGACGGCUAUUGUUUGCAUUGGAUGACGGUAGGAUCGGAGAACUUCAUCUUGUAGGAUUAGGUGGUGAAAAUUCAGGGCCAACUCAUCACGCUACUUCAAGAAGAAAACCAUCAGCUAAAUAUACAUGGUCAAUCCUAGAUGCACCAGAGUCCGAGGGAUGGAAUGCUGAGUAUUGCACCGAACACCGUGGACCAACAAAUUGCAUUGCAGGAACUAAAGAUGAUAUAAAUGAUCAAGGGACGAGAAGAUCAGCAACAAGAAGACCAAAGGGAAGCCAACCACAACAAAACUACUUAUUACCAAGAACAUCAGAGAGUUUGUCUGAAAAAUCAUCUGAUAGUUUUGAUCUUCUAGCUGAAAAAUGGACGAAAAACAGCUUCCGACUUCGUGUGAUGCAUGGAGGACGCUCGUUUUUCCUCAUAACAGUUGAUGGCUUGACUUUUGAGUAUCUUUACACUGGAGAUGUAUGGUUGUGGCUGAGGCAUGAAAGUUCAACUCCUAUGAAAGGUGCAGUUGGUAAUUACAAUGGAAGUUUAUACUUAGUUGAUAAUUAUGGUAGUUUGCUGAUUAGAGAAAGAAGUAGCCAAGAACUUGCAUGGACAAACUGCACUGCUCUUAGAAGAGGGAAACAAGUGAUUGGAGGUGCUCCUUGGGAUAAGUUCUUAGGUCAAUCUAUGAAGACCACAACAGAAGAUGCACUUUUCUUUGUUAGUAAAACAGGAAGAUUGCUCCAAUUCACAGUUGCACUAAGGAAAUUCAAGUGGAAAAACUGCCAAAAUCCUCCAGACACCAAAGUUGCAAGCAUCGUAGAUCAGGAAACAUUCCGGGAAAACAUAGUGUUCGUGAUCGGAACAAAUGGUCGACUAUAUCAGUACAACAAAGUGACCGAGUUAUGGCAUGAACAUCAUCAGUCUCAGCAUCUACUUCUCUCAAGAAUGCCUGGAACAGCAACAAGACCAUCACCAUAUUCUCUUAUAGGCUCAUUGUUUAUGAUCUCUGAAGAUGGUGGUCUCAUUGAAUAUCAUUGGAAUCCAUGGGAUGGUUGGAACUGGGUGGAGCAUGGAAGACCAGAUAGAGGCGUGACAUUCACCACCACGCCCGGGCCGUGCUUUGAAGGUAAUCAAUUGUUUCUUGUUGGCUCAGAUGGAAGAAUAUACCUAAGAUAUAUUGAACAAGACACAUGGAAAUGGAGAAACUGUGGCUUCCCAGAUCAGUUUGAUAGAGAUGGGAAGGUGAAUUCAAAAAAUGGAAAAGGAGUAAUUUGUGUUGAUGAAGAGCUUGCAUUGGAGAAGGAAGUUGAAGAUGUAAAGGCUAUUGACAAAAACUGUGAUCCAAAGGUUGCUUCUACUAAACCAAUUCAAUUCUCUGAAGAUGCUGUCGUGUUUGAGCUAAGGGAUGGUAGGUUGGGAGAAAUGCGACAAAUGGAGGACUCGAACUGGAUUUGGUCUCGGAUUAUCGUCACUCCAACGAGCUUAUGCAUUUCAGAUUACUGGACAGCUUUGGCAUCAUGAAAACUAAUGGAAAGUUACAAAUGGUUUGAUGCAUUUAUAGGCAAAAAGGCUGAGAGUCUAAGCUUAUAAAUUGUUGUACAGAUAAAAUAUAAGUAAAGAAGGAAAACAGUUUAGUUUAGACAAAUGCUUUACUCUAUAGCCAUUCCCCUGCCCCUUGUAUAUUUAUACUAAAGAUUGAUAUUAAGGGAAUGCUUUUGUCAA